GCUGCUAUGUUGUGACUUCAUGGCGGUUCUGCAGGUUUCCUCUGUAGAAUGUACACACGCCAGGUCUGACUCCUGGAUGUACCCACCGCGUUUAUCGUGACAUAACAGACGAGUACGGCACAGCGCCAUGGGCGAAUGCCAUCGCAUGAAAUGUUGUCUUUGUGCAAAGGUGUCGCGAUACGAGAGGAUGCUGUCAACCUCUGGAUGGCUCAUCAUAUCCGCGCUACUCACUUCCGUGUCUGGCAAGGAGAGCAGAUCAUUUUUCCUCCAUGAGUUCGGCUACACUGCCUGCAGCAUGGCGAAAAUAUAUGAGAUCGACGGAGCCGUCGUGCGCACGCACGUGGGCCCCGACACGCCGUAUCCUAGCUACCCGACGACCUGCGACCUACAGUUCGAAACCCGGACGAACCGGAAACGGUUUAUGAUCCGGUUUGACUUGCUCGAUAUAAACGACUGCGAUGACGUGCUGACCGUGUGGAACGGUUACAUAGCAGCGCAAAGAGUUCUGGCCACGAUCAGCUGCGAGAACAAGACGUCGGAUGUGCUGUAUACGUCCAGCAGUCACCUGGGUCUAUCGUUUACAACGAACAGCGGUGGCGCUGAAGGAAAGGGCUUCGAGGCCGUCAUCACAGCCUUCGACGAUGGCGUUAACGAUCCGAAAAAAUGCUUCUACGGAGACUUUCACUGCGACAACGGCAAAUGCAUCGAUGCAAAGCUGAACUGUGACCUGAUCAAUCAUUGCGAGGACUGGAGCGACGAGCGGGGAAACGCUGACUGCGCGCAUCAAGAAGUGAAUCUGUGCAACGUGACAGACUAA